CCGGGUCGAUUUGGAUAUAUCUGCCCCAACAACCACAUGUACCGGGUUUUAUAAAAGCGAAAGAGAUCUCAUUCUUGUUAUACUUUCUCAAGAAAUUUUUCGAAAUACAGAUCUUUUUGCUCUUUGCUAUUUGUGGGAAGAACGAACGCAUCUGAAAUCUAUGGCACCCGCAGCCGCUGAUAUCGAAGAUGAGAUCAAGGACGAGAAGAACCCACCGCCACUGUAUGAAGAUGAUAUUGCUCUACUCAAAACUUAUGGUCUGGGACCUUAUUCGACCGGCAUAAAGAAAGCCGAAAAGGAAAUCAAGGAAAUGGCCAAAAAGAUAAAUGAUUUACGCGGUAUUAAGGGGUCUGACACUGGGUUAGCUGCACCAAGUCAAUGGGAUCUGGUUUCUGAUAAACAGAUGAUGCAGGCGGAGCAACCUCUUCAGGUUGCCAGCUGUACAAAGGUAAUUAGCCCCAACACUGAAGAUGCAAAAUACGUGAUAAACGUCAAGCAAAUUGCAAAGGAGCUGUUAUAAGAAGUGUGUGCACGGAGGCUGGAAUGUAUGCUAUUCGAGCAAGGAAGAAAACUGUUACAGAGAAAGACUUUUUGGAUGCCGUCAACAAGGUCAUUAAGGGAUAUCAGAAAUUCCAUGCAACACCGAAGUAUAUGGUCUACAAUUAGUUGGACUACAUUUUCUUUGGUACAAACAAUCAAGCAUUGGCAGGAAUGAAGUGACAUUGCUAUUUGCCAUUUAGUUAUCCCGUGUACUCAAUUUGAUGAUUUAUGCUGUCCACUAAGAUUUUAUUACCUAUUUAUUCAUCUUUGGUGUGCUCCUGUUUGUUGCCAACAAAGAUACAGGACCAACUUCUGCGUUGUAAUGCCUGAUGACUUGGUGUUUUGAGUUAAAAUCUAAGAGCUGUAAUGAUAGCUAGCUUUCCCUCGUUA